UCGCAUAUUCAUUCAUUUAUUCAGCAUUUUAUAAUGACCCCUCGUCGCCAGAAACUGAGAACUGCAACAGUUCUAAGACCUCAAAAAUAAACGUAGAGUACGGCAAGCUUCUUUUUCAGGGUACAGAAUUUUAGUGAUGAAUUGUAGGAGGAGGGGAGUGCAGAGUACGCAAGGAUUUGGAAAACAAUGACGAGGCUUAGUUUUGCGAGAUUCGUCCUAAUUUCAAACAUAAACUUUUUGCCGCUGGGUUUUGCCGACCACCUAACUCCACAAUAGACACUUAAAAGGAACUCACGAAGUCCCUUCAACUCGUCAGCAAAGCAACCUUCGACCAGCUUUUGGCCUGUUGGGACGUUAGUCUCCCUACCAUCAACUGGAAAACCUGUACUUUCAUCAACAAUGACUCCAUCUGCAGCUAUUUUACAAAACUAGUGCGAGACAAUUACUUGGGGCAACUGGUUGAUUCCCGUACACGGAAUACCAUCAUGUUGGAUCUGGCCCUCACUAAUACAGUACCGCUCGCGUAUAGCUCUAAAGAACUAAUUUUUAGCAAAUUUCAAGUACAUCUCUAUUACUCGUGUAUUUUACAGGAAAAGGACAAUUCUUGGGUCACUGUGGAGAUGGUGAGAAAUUAUCCUUUUCUUAAGUGAAUUUUUUUACUACAAAUAUUUCGUAACUUGCAUGACGAAGCAUUUUUUCUAUUUUCACAUUUUGUUUUGAUUUGCCAUUAUGAGGAGGAUAGUUUGGGGGAGUUUUUUUUUUAUCUUAAAAGAUCAGGGGGUAGGGGGCAGGGGGUAGCUGUCAAAUGGGACUUUGUUCUGUUACUGCCCCCGUCACGAAAUUCUUUUUUAUUCACCUCGCCUUUUAUACAAAACUAACUAGUUCUAGUCGCUUAUUUUAAUGGUGUCGUGUUGCAGUUUGGUUGCCUGUUACGACUACGUCUUGUUCUGACUCAUAUGCAAAUUUUUUAGGCGUAACCGGAGUAGCCUCUUGUUUUAUUAUUUGUCAAAUAAUCGAUCGAUGUUCCCCAAAUUGCUCGAAAAAGGAAAGGGAAAAAUGAAAUGAAAGAUGCAUGUAGUUCAAGUAUGUUUAAGACUCGCCGGCGCGUAUAAUUAGGUAUGGGGAGCCGUUUGUCCCAAAUAUUAAUCACUAGUGGUAAAACUCAACCGUCCAUUUUAAGAUACACGCAUUUGAGUUCUAAAUAACUUAUCUCGAGUAAAUUUCUCUUUUAGUAUCUAUGGUAGCAGGGUCUCACUCUGGAGAUGGUGAGUAAUUUUCCUUUCCUAUAAGUUUAAUUUUUUUGCUACUGGUAAGAUACAUGAAAAAAUUACUCAGUUCUGAUUGGUUAAGAUAAAUUUAGUUUUCAGGUAAUUCAGUGCAGAAGAGGGUUAAUUCAGUGCUCAGACACUUUGUUUUAAUUUGCCAUCAUGAGGAGGAUCAUGUGGGGGAGUUAAAGAUCGGGAGGGGGGGCAGGGGGCAGCUGUUAAUUGGGCUUUGUCUUAUUACUGCCCCCUGUCACGAACUUAUUUUUUAUGGAUCUGUAAAUUUUGUAACGAAUAAAUUAAAUUAGACGAAUGCUAAAGUUUUUCAUACAUCAAACUCUGGUUACAAGGAGAAGUUUAUUCAUUAAACUGCCUGAUCAGCUUUCCCUUUUCUCAUUUUUUUAGCAUUGAGAGCUCUCGUUUUGGUUAUGUAAACGGUCCAUUUAUACUAGAUAAUUACGCCAGUUCUUUGGGUGCUCACUUCACUUUUACACUGCACCACAGCCUCUUACAUGUUUAAGUAGGAUAAUCUUAAAAAAUAGCUUUCCAACUUGUUAAGUCAACCGUCCAUUUAAAGAGACACGCAACUAAGCUCUAAAGAACUAAUUUCUAGCAAAUUUCAAGUACAUCUCUAUUACUCGUGUAUUUUACAGAAAAAAGACAAUUCUGGGGUCACUGUGGAAAAGGUGAGCAAUUACCCUUAAGUGAAGUUUUUUGCUACAAAUAUUUCGUAACUUGCAUGAAGAAGCAUUUUUCUAUUUUCACUUUUUGUUUUGAUUUGCCAUUAUGAGGAGGAUAGUUUGGGGGAGUUUUUUUUAUCUUAAAAGAUCAGGGGGUAGGGGGCAGGGGGUAGCUGUCAACUGGGACUUUGUUCUGUUACUGCCCCCGUCACGAAAUUCUUUUUUAUUCACCUCGCCUUUUAUACAAAGUUCUAGUCGCUUAUUUUAAUGGUGUCGUGUUGCAGUUUGGUUGCCUGUUACGACUACGUCUUGUUCUGACUCAUAUGCAAAUUUUUUAGGCGUAACCGGAGUAGCCUCUUGUUUUAUUAUUUGUCAAAUCAUCGAUCGAUGUCCACCAAAUUGCUCGAAAAAGGAAACACAAUGUUUAAGACUUGCCAGCGCGUAUAAUUAGGUAUGGGGAGCAUUUGUGCCAAAAAUAUCAAUCAUUAGUGAUAAAACUCAAUCGUUAGUGCUAAAAAAUCAAUCGUAGCGAUAAAACUCAAUCAUUAGUGCUAGUAUUGAUUUGUUAUCGAUUUUACCUUGAGCUAGUCUCUCGCUUGUUAAGCAAAGGUGAACCAAUCAAAUCUUGCUCACUUUCAUGAAAUCUGAUAAGGGACAUUGAAAAAAUGAGAAUAAAGGUAAAGACUACGAAGACUCAUCAACUCUUUUUUUUCACCACUUCAACCUUUUUUAAAAUUGAAUUAAGUUGGAGUGCCAAAGUUUUCCUCACGUCAAACUCUGAUUUCAAGGAAAGUUUUGUUCAUGAAAUUACUCGAUCAGCUUUCCUUUAUCUCAUUUUUCUUUUAACGUUGAAAGCUCUCUCUUUUGCUAGGUAAACGGUCCACUAUAGAGAAUUACUCUAGUUCCCUGAGUGCUCACUUCCUUUUUGCACCGCACCACAGUCUCUUACAUGUUUAGAUAAAAUAAUCUCACAAAAAUAGCUUGCCUGCUUGUCAAGUCAACCGCCCAUUUUAGGAGACUCGCAGUUGAGUUCUAAAGAACUAAUUUCCAGUAAAUUUCAAGUACCUCUCUAUUACUCUUGUAAUUUAUAGAUGAUGAGCUAACCGUUGGUACUUCGAGAUGGAGUGAGUAACUUUCUUUUUUUUCGCUUAAGUCUUUUGCUACAAAUAUUUCUUAGCUUGCAUGACGAUGCAAUUCAUCUAGUUUAAGAGACUCGUCAAACUCUUGCCAAAAACAGCUAAAAUUAAGGGUUUCUCGGGCACUUUUUGUUUUGGUUUGCCAUUAUCAGGAGGAUAAUAAUAAUCUGUUAUCUUAAAAGAUUUCGGGGGGGUAGGGGGCAGGGGGUAGGGGUAACUGUCAAUUGGGACUUUGUCCUGUCACUGCCCCCCGUCACGAACUUAUUUUUUUACGUAUCUGUACAUUUUUGUAACGAAUAAAUUAAAUUAGGGUACCAAAGUGUUAUACACCUUAGUUUCCGUGCAACUGGUGUAAUUUUCCCUUUUUCUGUUUUAAGUUUUAUGCUAUAAAUAUUUGGUAGCUAUAAAACUAAUUUCCAGUAAAUUUCAAGUACCUCUGUAUUACUCUUGUAAUUGAAAGGUGUUGAGCUAAACUGUGGUACUUUGAGAUGGAGUGAAUAGCUUUCUUUUUUUUAACUUUAGUCUUUUGCUAAAAAUAUUUCGUAGCUUGCAUGACGAUACAAUUCAUCUAGUUUAAGAGACUCGUCAAACUCGUGCCAAAAACAGCUAAAAUUAAAGUAAACUUAAACGGUUCAUUUAAAGAGAUUUACACUAGUUCCCUGAGAGCUCACUUCACUUUUACGCCGCACCACAGCCUCUUACUUGUUUAAGUGGCAUAAUCUAAAAAAAAAACUUGCUUGCUGUCAAUUGGGACUUUGUCCUAUUACUGCCCCCAGUCACGUACUUCUUUUUUUAUGUAUUUUUGUAACGAAUAAAUUAAAUUAAAUUAAAUAAGAUGAAUGCUCAAGUUUUCCAUGCAUCAAAUUCUAGUUACAAGGAAGAUCUUGACUGUAAAUAUAUGAAAAUCAUAUAUGGGUACUGAGGUUGAAGAAACGAAAAUAGAAGCAAUCCUCGCAGAUAUGAAUACUACUGAACUAGUAGUGAAAUUCAUUAAACUACUCGAUCAGCUUUUCUUCUUCUCAUUUUUUUUUAACAAUGAGAGCUCUCGCCUUUGUUACGUAGACGGUUAUUAAUAGAGAAUUACACUAGUUCCCCUGAGUGCUCACUUCACUUUUACACCGCACCACAGCCUCUUACAUGUUUAAGUAGGAUAAUCUUAAAAAAUAGCUUGCCUACUUGUCAACUGUCCAGCUAAAGAGACACGCAGUUGAGUUCCAAAUAAGUAAUUUCUACUAAAUUUUAAGUACCUCUCUAUUGCUCUUGUAAUUUACAGAAGAGGAUCAAUCCUGUGGUUUCUCUGGAAUUUGUGAGUAAUUUUCUUGCUUGCAUGGCAAAGCAAUUUGUCUAGUUUUAGAGACUCGUCAGGCCCCUCCCAAAAAGCAGGGGCUGAAAAAGCUAAAAUGAAGGGUGUUCCUCAGAACCUUUUUUUUUUUUUCGGAUUUGCCAUUGUGAUGAGGAUCAUGUGGAGGAGUUUUGGAUCAGCCAUUCUCGAUCAGAUACAAACAGUAUAUGAAUUUGAUUUCUGUUUGACUUGAAGAAUUUAGGCAGGGAUGCGAGAUUCUAGGUGUAUAUGUUUCGUAUCUCAAAGAUACGUUUAGUUUCUCGAUAUUUCUUUCUCUAAUACAUAUGAGGUACUUUAGCUUUCUAAUGCCAGAUAAUCGCUUGAUAAUCAGAUAAUCAGAUAAUCAAUGACUUCCAUCAAGUAUUUCAACUUUUCAAUUUCCCAUCUCAUUCUCGAACGUCAUACGGUACAAAUAACCAAAACCUCUUUACAUACUGAACUUCUCUGUGCAAAAAGCAAGAACAUUAUUUCCUGUCACCGAAAUGUAUCCCUUAGAGAAGCAGACAAAUCAAAAUAAACAGAUCUCCCCUUUUCUAUUUCACUGCUAUGUCUACAGAAAGAAUUCAUUUAUGACUGAGAAAUAAGGCCUCAGAGGAAGAGGAGGAUUGAGAGAGUCGAACGCGAUUACUACGCGUACCAUCCCAUGUUGGAAACUUUUCAAUUUAAAAUAUGCGUGAAUAAGUCAUUCUUCAGUUUACUGAAUUUAAGUAGACUGUUUCUCUCGAUUAUUUUGCAUUCGAAUUUCCCACCUCGAUGAUCACUGUGUGCGAUAUUUCCCGGCUAUGAUUCUGAAUUAUAUCAUCUUGCUAAUGCGUCGAUCAAUUCCAAGCUUCAAAAUCUCCCCUCAGGGAACCCAAUUGGCCCACCCACGGACCAGAUUUAAUGGUCAAUUUUUAUGCAAAAGACAAAAUCAGGGUCGUGACUUUCUACUCAUUGACCAAGCUUUAAAACUUGUAGACCUUGUAGACCUUGUAGACCUUUUCUUUUGAGCUGUUCGCCAGUGAAAGUGAACUUUACCUAUUAAAGGAUAAAACGCUUGUAUUCCUUUGGAAAGACUUGACACUUCCUUCUCCACCCUAGCUAGGAAAGGUUCAAAUACCCCAACCUCUGGGCAAAGAAAACAGUCAAAUGCCCGUGGGUUUUCUGGGUAAAGAUAUUGAAAUUUAGACUUGGUCGGCACAUAACCAAGUGUAAGGCCGUACUUGGGAGGUCUGUAUUUUAACAACCGAAGGCCAAUAUUUCCCUUACGACAAGAGCAAGCGAGGUUAGUAGACAGUUUAUCUUAUGGCACUCAGACCGAGCUUGUUUAUUUUAUUUUUACUAGCUUUCAGUCAUAAAAACGCACAGCUUAUGACCGUUUCUGUGGUGGAAACAGACCGCAGGGCAAAAUCCGAAUCAAAUAGGAAAACUAGUCAGAACGCUUAGAUCUACCCCAGGACUACCUUGCCAUAUAAAUGCAAUAAUAAUACAACCGUAAAUAUGUCCUGGAAUAUUUGUAUAUCUGCCGUCAAUGCCCUUUUCCUAUUACGUGUAAAGUUGACGGUCGUACCAAUGUCGUUAAACCGGAUCCUGCAUGGAGAUCAGGUGGAACAACAUUACAAGGCCACAGUACACAACAGUUUACCACGGCUGAACCAAUAAGAGUGGAUCAUUCACGGAGGGUGGAACUGGUACUCAGGCUUGUAGCCAGGUAAUACACCACUUAGCACAUUCAAAAAGGGAAGGGUCAGCUAUUUGUUUUAGAAUAGUUAGUCCUUCGUACCUGGCUCGACGAUUAGCCGUUGUUAUCGAAAUGAGCCGUGUAUUAUCUCCUAGGUACGACUUGAGAGAGUAGCGGUAUUCGACCUAAAUGUCUCUCGUUAUUACAAAGAUUUUUAAACAAGAGCUUUUCUAAAGUAACCACGAGCUGUCAUGAGCAAAGUACAAAAUUGUUUAGGGAAAAUUUUGACACAGUCACCUACGACCAAGGAAAACCGGUUUCUCCAACACUGAGGGCGAGUUGUAGAUGUUAGAUCUUUAAUAUUAAUUGUUAAUAUUCUUGUAUGUCUUUACUUUUUAGAGAUGGAGAAAAAGAUUUAGAAUUUCCCAAAGGUGAAUGUAAACCGAUGUCAACUCUGACUCCACCACCUGUCCAAGAGUAGGGCAGACAAUGAAUCGGUGUAAAUGGAAGUCAGUUCAACAAGUAGAUUCUAAUUUCUUUAGGUUUGUCUUGUUCACCGAUGACAGCAAAAUAUGUUAAAAACAAAAUUCUACAGUAAGCUGAAUAAUACGAGUGUUCAGAUUUGUUCUUUCUUAUAAUCUGUUGGAAGACAGAUGAUAUCACCAUCAACAAGUUUUUACUUCUUUUACAUUAUAUGAAACACAUAGAUUCCAUGUUGCUGUUGGUCAGUUCAGUAAUAGAUCACAGAAGUUGUAAAAUAUGGCAAGAACAUCAGUGACAUGUACUUUGCAUUUAUUAAAGAAAUAACUUUGAAAGCACC